AUGUCGCAGGAGCCUGCUGCAACACCACCUCCAGGUGUAGUGCCAAAUCUCGUUAACCCCUCGAGCAACGUCCACGCUUGGGUGAGCGUGACUCAGUACCUAUGUAUUCCUGUCGUCACGAUAUUCGUUGUACUGAGGAUGUAUGUGAAGAUCUUGUUACAUGAAUUCUACUUUGAGGAUUAUCUUGGCAACUACAUCGUUCGCACUCAUGUUAGCAAGUGCUGCUUAUGGUGGUGGAUACCACCAAUGGGACGUACGCCAAAAGGACUUGAUCUUACUUUACAAGGCAAGGAAACGAAGAAAAAUAUUUCCAUUGGUCCAAAUUCUAACCUAGGCAUUGUGAUUCAGCUUGACUAUAUCCAAAUGGUGAUAUACGGACCGCUUAUCCUCGCCAUCAAAUUGUCGAUCCUAUCGAUGUUGGCACGAUUCUUUGAUCCGUACCGGCAAUGGGUUCUCUUCAUAUAUGCAUUCAGCGGAUUUCUCUCGGCGUACACGAUUGCAGUUACGACAGCAAAGAUCUGCAUCUGUCAUCCCAUCAAUGCAGUCUGGUACGGCGUCAGUGUCACACAUGGGACAUGCCUACGACAGCCCGAUAUCUUUAUCACAGACGCCACUAUCAAUGUUAUUACUGACCUGAUCAUCUUAAUAUUGCCCAUAGUGUUGAUAUCAAAGCUGAACAUGCCUCUGAAGAAGAAAUUGAAAGUGAUUGUUGUGCUGGCGGCCGGUGGAUUGGUGUGCUCAGUGACCAUCGUUCGGUUGGCAUGGGUUAUUGUGUACCGCGACACAGCUGACCGGACUUGGUCUACUAAACGUCUCGACUUGAUCACAAAUCCUGAAAUUGCAUUGGGGAUCAUCUGUGCGUGUCUGCCAGCGCUUGCCGCCCUCGUGAAGAGGGCGAGAUCUGAAUUUAGGAAAUUGUUGCCUACCAGCCUGAGGCAUCAGUUCCGGAUCGUUUCCAAGGAGAAACUGAGAUCAGACAUAUAA